AUGGCAUUGCAACGAGACCUUCACGUGGCAAACGACUGGACGAGAGUAGUCCUUGAGUCAGUUUGCCCCGUAAAGUCGACCGUCCUGCGACCAGAGCCGAGCCUAGAAGAGGAAGCGGAGGAAGCGGAGGAAGCGGAGGAUCAAAGAGGUUUUGAGAAUGCAGCUGCGAUGGAGGUAGCUGGCUUCGUGCAGCCGCUCUCAGAGCGAGGCGAACACUGCGAGUCUGUGUCUGCGACACCUUUGCCAUCGCCCAUGUUUGAUGUACCAUCAACGCCACUAGCAACGCCACUAACACCAUUAGCAACACCCAUCUUGGAUGCCGAGUCGCCGGUGCUUCGCGCACGACCUUCGCCAAAGCUGCCUCCCUUGCCUACGGCUCCCGCGCAGCCGCCUCCCGCCUUUCACUUGCCGGGUGCGAAAGCAGCCCGGGACAAUCUGUGGGGCGAGCUGGAGGUUGAUGUUGAGGCUGCUGCCAGCUACGCCUGCCAGUCGCAAGGCCUGAGCAGACCAAGAGAUGCCAAGAGACAACAGCAACAGAAGGCAAUCAAUGCAGAUUGA